AUGACAACAUAUGCCGAAUCGUAUUCGAGGAAAGGGCGGCAUAAGCUCAAAAUAAAAGAUGGCCAAGUCGAAGCGGUCAGCACGCAGAGCGGCUCGACGACGCUGAGGCUCCUCUUUUGCGCGUGGUUUUUGCCGCAAGGCUACCCGCACACCGUGACGGCCGACUAUCUGGAUUUAGGCCCGGAAAAAAUGAAAAUUUUAAUUUUAGGCGCCCUGGCGACGGAAGCCGUGCUGAAGGGGGCCGGCGUCGGGAAUGAGGCAGCCACGGCGCUGGCGGCGUCGAUGACGUGGCUGGUGAAGGACGGACUGGGGAUGGUGGGCCGGAUACUGUUCGCGUCCGCGAAGGGCAGCCAACUCGACUACGACUGUAAAAAGUGGCGACUCGUCGCCGACGUGCUCAACGACUGCGCCUUCUUCAUCGACCUGCUCAGUCCGUUGUGGCCGAAUUGGUUCCUCCUCUCGGCGUGCUGCUCCUCGCUGUUCCGCUGCGUGGUCGGCGUGGCCGGCGGGGCGACCCGCACCACCAUUGUACAACAUCAGGCCCGCCGCAACAACCUGGCUGACGUGGCGGCCAAGGACGGCAGCCAGGAGACGCUGGUGAACGCGCUGGCGCUCGUCGUGUCGCUCGUGCUCCUUCCCGCCGUCUCCGGACGUCAUCUCGUCAUCUGGUGCCUGUUCGCGCUCCUCACCGCCCUGCACUUGUUCGCCAACUAUCGUGCGAUGCGCACCCUCCGCUUCAAUGUGCUCAACGGGAAAAGGGCUGCGCUUGUCAUAAGGAAUUACUUGGAGACUGGCAGAAUUCUCGACAUUGACGAGGCGAACGAACGGGAGCCACUUUUCCAUGGGCUCUACCCGCUGAGGCAUCUUGGAUGCUCGCUGCUGUCGCUUCUCGAAGAGAAACAAAGGAGGUCUCCUGAAUACACCAUCUACACAGAGCACGCGAAAAGCCGGAUAUUGUACGACAAGCGACGAGGCUUUGCCUGGGUGGCAAUGGCUGAAGGAAGCGAGGCCGUCGACCAGCUAGAAGCCUUCUUCGCCCUCGAGCAACUCAAAGUGCAAACGCAGCCCAGGGACUUCAACGACUUCACGGCAAAGUUACAAAAGAUCGGCUGGCGGACCGACGCGCACCAUCUGAAUUUCGAUGAGUGGACAUAUAAUGUGAUUUCC